AUGGACCGCUACCUCUCGCGCAAGAGGCCGCACAGCCCCGUCAAAUCUCGGCCCGCAACACCCGACUACGAUGACGCUUCGACCGACAUAAAGCUAGCUCAACUGCUGUCUCUUUUCCCAGAAACGCCGCAGGAUACGCUUCUGGACAUUCUUGUCUCAUGCAGUGGCUCAGUUGAAGCCGCAGCUGCUACCAUAACAGAGCAGAAGCAACUCUCUUUCAAACGGCCAAGGACAACCGCCACCGCGAUUCAGACAUCCCUCAAAUCGCAUAUUGCCGUAUCCCCGGGUAAAGGAAACGAAAAUGGGAAAGAUAUCGUAUUAAAGAAGUCUCGGAACCCGGUAGUCCAGAAGGGAAGGGCUCUAUACUUGUUCAGCCCCGAAGACGUCGCAGCUCAUACCUCGUGCACUAUCAUCCACAAUUUCCUUCCACCAGAAGAAGCGAAUGCGCUUCUUCUCGAACUCCUCGAGGAGUCGCAACAUUUCUCGCGCUAUCAAAUGCAGCUAUUUGACCGGACUGUUGAAAGCCCACAUUCUACAUGCGUCUACGUCUCCACGGCAGAAGAAGAGGCCCAGCACGCGAAUGACUAUACGUACGGUGGCACGUAUCACACCAAUAUCCGGCAAGCAACCCCGCACCUCCGCGCGAUCUCCAAACGCGUCCAGGAAGCUGUUAAUGAGGAAAUACGGAAACGGAUCCGCGAUGUCUACCCCGGAGGUAAGAAAUUGAAGUAUCAGUCGCCGAAAGAAUGGGUGCCGAACGCGGCGUUUGUCAAUUGUUAUGAUGGGCCGGCGGAAAGUGUGGGGUAUCACACUGAUCAUCUUACCUACCUCGGGCCUCGCGCGGUUAUAGGGAGUAUUAGUCUGGGUGUCCAGCGAGAGUUUCGGGUGCGGCGGAUUGUCUCUGAUGAAGAGGAGGCGGGGGCACGAGCUGAUGCGCAGGGGCAGAUUUCUAUACCUCUACCGCACAAUUCUCUUUUGGUCAUGCACGCAGAGACGCAGGAGGAAUGGAAGCAUGCGAUUGCUCCCGCGCAAACCGUCUCACCGCACCCGUUAUCGGGCAAUCGGCGGAUCAAUAUUACGUAUCGGUGGUAUCGAGAGUCAUUACACCCGCGAAACGUCCCGCGCUGUCGUUGUAAUGCACAUGCCGUUCUUAAAUGUGUCCAACGCAAGCAUGACAGCAGAGGUCGCUACAUGUGGGUGUGUUAUAUGGGGUAUAAGCCCGGAAAGAAAGGAUGUGGCUUCUUUCAAUGGGCCGAGUUCGAUGAUGACGGCGAACCUCUUUGGAAACAGCCUCAGCCCAAGAAGGAAGAUGUGAACGCCCCGGAACUGAUCAACUUUGCAGGUUAG